UCUUUGGUUGCAAGCAUGCCCAUCCAGCAUUUUCUUUAAUUUUUGCAGUGUUCUCGACUCAAAAGGAACGAACUACGUAGAGGUAGCUUGCUAGUAGGUCCUGUGAUGCAUGCAGAGAAAGAUAGAUAGAUGGAGAGGCAGGUCAAUGCAUCGCAUCCAGCAGCUGCCUUGCUGCCCUUGUCAGCAACUAACACCUCCGGCUCCGGGCUCCGGCCGGCCAGUCAGUUCCUUGCACGCACCGCAGGUUAGAUGGAUCGGAGUUGGACUGUCCACUUCAAUUCAUCCACACGCUAGCUGCAAAGUGGAAUAUCCGCGCGCAUCGGAACUCUUCCAUCUCUACACUCCAUCCCGUUCCAUUCCAUCCACUAGCAGCUAGUAGAUAGUCUCUUCCUUUUUAUAUCCAUGCAUCCAUCUCUUGUAUUGCAUGGAUCGAUGAGCUCCUCUGAUCUUCAUUAGCUCCUACGUUAUUGAAUGGCGGGCAAGAUCAAGACUGUGGUGGUGCUGGUGCAGGAGAACCGCUCCUUCGACCACAUGCUGGGCUGGAUCAAGUCGCUGAACCCGGACAUUGACGGCGUCACCGGCGACGAGACCAACCGCGUGGACGCCUCCGACCCCUCCUCCCGCGCCGUCCGCUUCAGCGACCGCGCCCAGUACGUGGACCCGGACCCGGGCCACUCCAUCCAGGCCAUCUACGAGCAGCUCUACGGGACGCCCUUCGUCGACGCCGCCGCCACGCCCAUCACGCCGACCGGCGUCCCCGCGCCGCCCAUGUCCGGCUUCGCGCAGCAGGCGGAGAAGGAGAAGCCCGGCAUGGCGGACACGGUCAUGAGUGGCUUCCGCCCCGACGCCGUGCCCGUCUACCGGGAGCUGGUGCGGGAGUUCGCCGUGUGCGACCGCUGGUUCGCCUCCGUGCCGGCGUCCACGCAGCCCAACCGGCUGUUCGUGCACUCGGCCACCUCCCGCGGCCUCGUCAGCAACGACGCCAGCAUCCUCGUCGCCGGCCUGCCGCAGAGGACAAUCUUCGACAACCUUCAUGACCAGGGCUUCUCCUUCGGCAUCUACUACCAGUACCCGCCCUCCACGCUCUUCUACAGGAACCUGCGCCGGCUCAAGUACGCCGGCUGCUUCCACCAGUUCGACCUCCACUUCAGGCGCCAUUGCCGGGAGGGCAAGCUGCCCAACUACGUCGUCGUCGAGCAGCGCUACUUCGACCUCAAGCUCCUCCCCGGCAACGACGACCACCCCUCCCACGACGUCGCCGAGGGCCAGCGCUUCGUCAAGGACGUCUACGAGGCGCUGCGCUCCGGCCCGCAGUGGGAGGAGGCGCUGCUCGUCAUCACCUACGACGAGCACGGCGGCUUCUACGACCACGUCCCCACCCCCGUCGGCGUGCCCAGCCCCGACGGCAUCGCCAGCGCCGCGCCCUUCUUCUUCCACUUCGACCGCCUCGGCGUCCGCGUCCCGGCGCUCUUCGUCUCGCCGUGGAUCGAGCCGGGGACCGUCCUGCACCGGCCCUCGGGACCCUACCCGACGUCCGAGUUCGAGCACUCCUCCAUCCCGGCCACCGUCAAGAACAUCUUCAGCCUCGACGGCUUCCUCACCAAGCGCGACGCCUGGGCCGGCACCUUCGACUCCGUGCUCACGCGCGACACGCCGCGCGCCGACUGCCCAGUCACCCUGCCUGAGCCCGUGAAGCUGCGGCACACGGCGGCGGCGGAACAUGCCCCGCUGUCGGAGUUCCAGGAGGAGCUCGUCCAGCUCGCCGCGGUGCUCAACGGCGACCACACCAAGGACUCCUACCCGCACAAGCUCGUCGAGGGCAUGACGGUGCCGGAGGCGGCCAAGUACUGCGUCGACGCCUUCAGGGCCUUCUUGGACGAGUGCGACCGCUGCAGCAAGUGCGGCGAGGACGGCUGCCACAUCCCCACCGUGAAGCCGUCGUCUGCUGCGCCGGGCAAGAACAAGAGCAGCUUCGCGUCCAUGGUGCUGGCUUGCCUUGCGUGUGCCCAUCCAUCUUCCUCUUCCUAGACGUCACGCUACUUCUUCGUUCUCUCUGUCUCAUCAGGGAACGAGAUGGGUUGCUUGCUAGCUCAUACUUGGGUUUGUGUUGCAGCAGGGGAAGAGCAGUGUACAGAGCCUGAUUCAUUAUACGAUUUAAUUUACAGAGCCUGAUUGAUAUGGUUUAUUCUACUGGGUCCCA